GCGUCAGACAGACACCUGUUGCCGGCGGCCCCGAGCAGAAAACGGAUCACGUUUCAGGUGGUUUUUCACCGCUACAGGGAGCAGAGUUCGCUGUGUCCACCGGACGAAACCGGUAUGUGGAGGACGGGGUUUUAAUAAGGAAAGCAGUCAGAGUUACAGAUUGAACAUGCUGCAGGUUGUGUGAGUGACAGAUAUGAGGUCAGCAAGAUCAUAUCUGCAGACUUUCACUGCCGGAGCAGUGUUUUGCCUGUUUUUGACCAGUGGAAGCAUGAGGCCAGAGAUGAGUGGAAAAGUUGGAGGUGUGGUGGAGCUGGAGUGUAGCUUUCCUGCCACAGGCUCGGCUGCGGUGUCGUCGCCUUUGCCACAUGUGGUGGAGUGGGUUCGUCAGGGACUUGACAUUCCCGUCCUCAUCAAAUUUGGAUCCUACGCCCCUCGUGUACAUCCAGAAUAUGAAGGACGAGCUUCUCUUGUGCGACUCACCGCCCUGCGGCUUGAGGGCCUGCAGCUGGAUGACCAGGGCUGGUAUGAGUGCCGAAUACUCUUACUGGAUAAACCCACUGACGAGCGCCAGAACGGCACCUGGACGCUGCUUUCUGUAACCGCUCCGCCCACCUUUAUCAAAACUCCACCCCCUUUCAUGGAGGCUCUUGUUGGAAGUCAUCUCUCCCUUGUCUGUGUCGCUAAUGGCAACCCAUCUCCGGCAGUCCUCUGGCUGAAAGACGGCAGCGUAAUGGAAGAUGUAAAUUAUGAGGAUGGAGUGUUGUCUGUGGGAGCGGUGAACAUGCAGUCUGGAGGAGUGUACACCUGCCAUGCCUCCAACUCAGAGGGAAACGUGUCUCGUGUCACCAAACUGGAGAUCAGAGGUCCACCCACUAUUGUCGUCCCUCCAAAGAACACUUCUCUCAACAUGUCCCAGAAUGCUCUUCUCCGGUGCCAGGCGGUGGCCAACCCCCCCAACAUGACCUAUGUGUGGCAGAAGGGCAGCGAGAACGUCUAUCACAUAGAGUCUCUGAAGUCACGGGUGAAAGUGAUGGUAGAUGGAACGCUACUCAUCUCCAAGCUCAUCCCAGAGGAUUCUGGCAACUACACCUGCAUGCCGACCAAUGGCUUGCUGACCCCGCCCACUGCAUCUGCCACACUCGUUGUGAUGCACCCAGCUCAGGCUCUUCAAAUGCCCAAAGAAACAUACCUCCCCACAGGUAUGGACGGUCUGGUCACCUGCCCAUCAGUAGCUGAGCCCCCACUGCUCAGAGUGGAUUGGACAAAGGACGGAGAGCCUCUUGAUCUGGCCUCGUACCCAGGAUGGACUUUGACACCAGAAGGAUCUUUGUUCAUGGCGACAGUCAACGAUGACGCAGCAGGCGUGUAUACCUGUACGCCUUACAACAGCUAUGGCAGCAUGGGUUCAUCCGGCCCGACAGCUGUUAUUCUACAGGAUCCCCCAUCAUUCAGUGUCACUCCAGAGAAACAGUACAAACAGGACGUUGGCAGGACUCUGCUCAUCCCGUGUCAAGGAAAUGAGGACCCAACCACUACAGUCACCUGGAACAAGGUUGACCAGACUCGUCGCUCAACGUAUUCCGUAGCAGCCAAUGGUUCUCUACUGCUGCAACCUCUUGUUAAGGACCAUUACGGGGUGUGGGAGUGCAGCGUGACUAACCGUGUGGCCUCAGUGACGGCCAGCACCCGUGUCUUUGUCUUUGGAACGAGUCCCCAUGCUGCUACCUCAGUGUCCGUCUCUCCAGGUGUGACACAGGCCAACGUAUCCUGGGAGCCAGGCUUUGAUGGAGGAUCAGCGCAGACAUUUUCAGUUUGGGUGAAGAAGAUUUCGGUGACUGAUGGUGAAGAUGAUGAUGAUGGGAAGAAGGACUGGUUCUCCAUACCUGUGCCCCCCUUGUCUGGCACCACACUACACAUGACGGGGCUUUCUUCUGCCACCGAUUACCGGUUCAGCAUCCUGUCUCACAAUAAAGUGGGCACUGGACCUUUCAGUCAAAUCGCCACCACAAGAACGCUGGAUCCUCCUCCUCCGAGCAGCAAACUCAAACCUCCCGUGCUGCUGUCAGCUAAUCGGAGCUCAGCAGGUGUGAGUCUGCAGUGGUCUCUUCCUGAAGCUCAGUGGCCUCCCGUCACAGGAUUUGUGCUCCAAACCCGCACAGCACCAGGGGACUGGUUCACUUUGGUCGGAAACAUCAGCGCCAACAGCAGCGAGAUGAUCGUUCCAGGUCUGCACAAGGACUGUGUGUACGAGCUGCGAAUGCUAUCUUGUCGCGGGGACGUGCUGAGUGAGCCCGGUCCAUCAGUCAAUGUCUCGACCGUGGGGUUGGAGAUGUAUCCAGCCUCUUCCCGGCUCCUGGAGACUGUCCCAGAGCCAUUCCUGACUGGCGUGCUGGGAGGGAUCGGCUUCAUGUGUUUGGCAUUGGUUUUGCUGCUGGGGUCAGGUUGUGUCAUCAGCCACAAGAGGGAUCGGCGCCGGCGAAAAAAGCAGCAAGAUCUCCCUCCUGCCAUCUAUAAAUGCUCCCCAUCAGUAACAUCUUCAGGCUCCAGGAGUCCAGACAGUGUGCUGAAAAAACGCCUUCUUCAAGCCAGCACUCUUUGUCCCACCAAUUUGUCUACCACCACCACCACUUCCUCCUCCUCACAGACAGACGACUCCUCCUUCAGCCACAGUGACAACCAGCAUCAACCAAAGCACCUCUUUUUAACCUACACUAAAGGCUGCCUCACGCGAACAACAUCAUCUCUGACGUCCCCUCCCAUUGAGCUGAUCUCUAGAGGUCCAGAUGGGCGAUUCACACUGCAGCCCUAUGAUGAUGACACACUGAGUACUCAAAGCAGGAGGAGCCUAAAGGAUGACCUCUGCCGACCUGCGAGUGUUCGGAGGUCUGUGUCACUGAGCUCAGAAGAAAUAAAAGAACCACCAUUUGUGCUUUCGGUAGAUGUCCCACCGUGCAGUCCAGCAGAGGACCUCAUCUGCACCGAGGCCAAGAUCUUGUCACGAUGUAGUCCUCAUAUCUUAGAUCAGAAGGCAGGAUAUGAUGACUUUCCUGAUGUUAGUAGCCUGCGCUCAGAUAGCAGCCAGAUUUUAGCCGCCAUCCCUCAUGGAGAUGGACACCUGUCUCCCACAUGUCCAGUCGUCAAGAGCCUGGGUCAGCCAUCGACCACUGCCAGCAGUCUGGUUCUCCAAAUGGAGCACGAACGGGAGAGAGGAAACCUGAGCCGCUGCCUGAAAUUGGCUCAGGAGAGGGAGAUGCUUGAGAGGGAGCUCAGGAAAUACACACUGGGAAGAAGCUCUACGAGAGAAACAGGGAGGGAGACGCCACACGUGGAGGUUGAGGAGAGGAAAUGGAGAGAGGACGGUGACAGUCGAUGCAUCUGGAAACACAAGAGCAGUACCUUGCCACACGCGUACCCUCAGGGCAGUAAGGAGCGCUGCGGCCUGUCACAGAACUCUUUCUCUUCAUCCUCGGUCCACUGGGACACCCGGCCUCUUGUCUCCCCUUUUACUCUGAUCCCAGAUCAGAGCGGUGUCAGUGCGGCUUCACCUCCCGCUACCUUGUGUUUUCAGUCUGGUAACCGCCAUUGUGCCCCGUCGUUUACUUAUCAGUCCCACCUCCAGUCUGUGGAGGCGGGCUCUUUUAUUACAGACAGAUUAACCCGCCCACGUUUGUACUCCAAGCACCAGAGAGAUGAAAGGGGAGAGACAGAAGAAGUCUGUGAUAAUAUACUGAACUCCCCGGUGUUGAAAACACAAAUAGCGGAUUUCUGCUCAGGAUCAUGGCCAUGGAGCGAUCCCAGUAAUGACAGCCGUCCCACAUCGUUCAUCCAUAGCAAUAAAAACACUGAAAGAUCAAAUUCUACUCUCAAAGCAACACCAGCGUCUGAACCCACUGAUGGAUACGGUGAGGACGUGUGUGUCGAGAUGAGCGUGGAUGAGCCAGACCUCCAGGUGUGCGCAAUGCGGCCUGCAAAGCUAAUGCUGCACCACAGAAUCGCCUCUCACUUGCAAGGAGAACACCAGCUGACACAAAACGGUCUGCAUGUUCAACGAAGCUUUUCCUGCCGCGGUCCUGCUUCUCCACAGCCGUCACAGCUGUGGAAAACCGGCAGCUCCAAAAGGGGGGACACAAAGCGACGCAGUCAAAGUUUGGACUCGAGGAGACAGAAGCAGGGCAACCUCCUGACCCGUGACCCAUGGAUCAACUCUGUUGAGCAGGAGAACUGCUCCGCCACGUUACCUAAUCGUGCACGCUCUCAUGCUGUUGACAGGAAGUUUUCAAGUUCUCAGGGUGGCCUACAGUCUCCUCUGCAUGUAGAGCAGUCAACCGUGACCCCUCCGUUACAUCCUGCUGCAGACCCGUCGUCUCUAAGGAAGGGUCCAACAGCACUUGCAUCAAAUCAUAGCCGCCUUCCCACUUUGAGACCGGGAGAGACCCGUCCAGGUUCAUCUAUCAGGAAGCUCUAAGGGCCACGACACCUGUAGAGACCAUGAAGGAGUCCUCCAGGUGUUUGCCCUCUCAUGAUGAUGGCAAAAACAGGGCAGUGGACGUGGAGACAAGGGUCUAUGAUGGAGUGCUGGAGUCUGGGAGCAGUUACAGCAGUUACGCCAGCAGCGGCAGAGGAAGCAUGGAACCUGCUAAUGGAUGUCUGUCCCUGUGCCGGCCUUCGCCGACUCUCACCAUCUCACCUGAGGCACUGGAGCAGAGCCACACAGAGGACACAGAAAUUCACAGAGUGGAACCCAAACACAGGAGAAAGGCCUCCGUUGAUGAGAAUUAUGAGUGGGAUGCUGCAGAUAUCUGCCUGCAGUCCAGAGACCUUAAUGGCCUGCUUCCUUCGUUGGAUCUACAGAAGACUGCGUUGUGCAGUAGCCUUCCCAGCAUGCAAUGCUCCACCAAGGCAGUGAAAAAUUGCACUCGGCUCUCUCUACUCCCAGGGCUUCAAAGCUUCGGGGAGCCAGAAACCGACACCGUGCUGUUCUGACUGCUCCAUCCGAGGGCUCGGCUCAUCUGGUGUGUCCUUUCUCUCAUAGAAACACAUCAGAGAGAAACCAGCUUUUCUUGAUCUGUUUUGCUUCUUUUUUUAUACGAGGGGGAGAAAAAGGCUAGACAGAAUAUGAGGUUUUCAAUAUGGCGUCUGUCAAACUGAAUUUGAAAAGUGAUUUUUUUUGUGUGUGUGUAAGUUUUUUCCAUCACACAUAGGUUACACGUGCUGCGAUUAAAAACAAAGUAUUGCAGACAUGCAGCAGCUUCGACCCAUCGCUGUGGCAAUGUAGAUGUUUUUCUUUUAACAUUAUCCUGAUAAAAGCUGUGAUAAAUGCUCGGCCACAUUCUCUCAUGUACUUAGACAAGCAUUCAUCACUCACAGACAUCUCAACUAUUAUCAACUAAUGGGUUUUAAAGUAUGUGUGUAUGUACAGACAUUCGUAAAACAAAGAAAAUACUAUAAAAACUUUAUUUUGA